AUGUCCAGUAAUUGCAUUAUAACUAUAGCCCCGGGGAGGCAACAGGAUGAAAAUAUUGUUCAUAAAAGAAUAGAGAAAAUAUUCAAAAGCAAUCCUAUUCUACACGAUGUAAGCGUGAUUAUUGACUCGAAAUCAUUGCCUCUGGAUAUUGCUAUGCUAGCCGGAAAUAUUCAAAAGUUUGAGCUUGAUGAGUUUAAGAAGCUACCUGAAUUGAUCCAAGAGGUAUCCGCAUGCAAUUCAGAUGAUUUUGUAAUAAUUGAAGCGAUUCCGAUGCAUCAAGUUUGGGAUAAUACUGAUUUGGAUAUUGUUGAUAGUAUUCAAUUCAGUUCAGUCACACGUCAAAUUAAGCUUAAAUUGAAUAAAAGCACGUUUCAGUCGGCUCCAAAUGUUUUUGAGAGUCAGAAGGGAAUACUGAUUAAAAAAAUUAUGGAAUCGAAAAAAGGUCAUGGUGCUUUAAACCAUGUAUCCUACAGCUACUUAAUUACACUGUCUACGCUGGAAGAAGAUAUCUCAUAUGAGAUGCAUCAUUUAAUUAAAUUUGUCUUUGGAUAUAGUGCAGUCAAAGUUCAUACGAAUAAUAAUAACAAUAUUUCGUUUUUGCAAGAUGAGAGUAAAGCGGUUGGGGGUUUGACUAAAAAGCCGUCAAAAUUGAAUGUCAGAUGUUACCCAGAUCUUAAUGAUGUUGAUUUCCAUGAACAAAGCCAAACAAUUUAUGAAUACUUAAACUUAUUACACAUUAACUCACUGCAAUUGACGGAAACUAUUGAUGAUUAUAUCUCGAGUUAUCAAAUCCCAGAGUUUAUCAAAAGAAGUACAGAGGAACUUAAACCAGAUCAAGAGGUAUAUAAGCAUACCUUUGAUGAAGUAGACUUUUCUACAUUCGACUCCCUAAUGAAAAGUCAUUGUUUAUCAAUUAGUGCAUAUUCAAAAGACUCCCAUAUUAUGAUUUUGAAUAUCCCAGAUGCUUUGGUCUUAUGGGAAUGCCAGUAA